AUGAGUGUGCCGGUCCUGAAGGUGGGUUUGGUGCUCAGUACGAUGGCCAUGCUGACCAACUGGAUCUCUCAGAACCUUCCCUCACUGGUGGGACUCGACCAGACGGUGGCACGACCCGGAAACUCGGAGAAGAUCGUCAGUGUGGCGUAUCCGAGGCAGGGUGAGGGUUGGCAGGUUUUCGGUUCAGAUGUCGAGGGGAGGUGCGUCUGUACUCUCAUUGCGCCCCCGCAGAACCAGUGCCAGAAAGACUCACGACACGGGCGCUUGGGCCAACUCACCGAGCGUGUCCAGAAUGUGUCACAGUUGUUGGACAUGUUGGAUUUGCGAACAUCUCAAGAUCUACAGCACCUCAGGGUCUCAGAGAGGAAAGUCAUUGGGGUGGAAGUAAGAGUGAAAACUGCACUCAGUAACCCUCACACUGUCACUGAGAGAGACCUGGAGGACCUGCAGCGGAGUGUGUCGGAGUGUGUUCCUCUGCGCAGUGCGGCCUCUCGCUUCAGGUCCGACGUGCAGAAGCUGGACUGGCUGAAGAAGGAGGCCGAGAGCCUGAUCACGUCCAUCACACAGGAGCAGAGACACCCUCACAUCAGCUUCUUCCAACUCCUGCACAGAGAGACGCUGCUGCAGAGCCGCCUACAGACCUGCAGCAGCACCCUGGGUUGUGGGAAGCUGACGGGAAUCAGUACCCCAAUCACCAUCCGGUCUUUAGGGUCCCGUUUUGGCUCCUGGAUGAUGGACAGCAUGAUUUCCAGCUCUGAUGAACGAGUGUGGUCGAUGGAGGGCUACUAUAAGGGCAAGCGAGUGUUCGAGUACAGCUCACUGAGCGACUUCUCCAAAGGACAGAACUUCGUGGUGCACCAGCUUCCUCAUCCAUGGGCAGGUACGGGUCAUGUGGUCUAUAACGGCUCCCUGUACUACAACAAACAUCAGACCAACGUUAUCGUGAGAUACAACCUGCUCUCUCGCAGCGUGCUAACGCAGAAUAGUCUCUCUGAGGCCGCCUACAACAACACCUUCCCUUAUUCCUGGGGAGGAUCGUCCGAUAUCGACCUCAUGGCCGACGAGAACGGCCUCUGGGCGGUCUACACCACCCUGGCUCACGGAGGGAACGUGGUGCUGGGCCGCCUGGACCCCAUCACGCUGGAACUGGUGCGCUCGUGGGACACCGGCCUGCCCAAACGUAGCGCCGGGGAGGCGUUCGUCGUCUGCGGCUCGCUCUACGUCACCGACUCGCACCUGCACGGAGCCAAGAUCCACUUCGUCUACCACACGGACUCGGAGACGUACGAGUACAUUCGCAUCCCCUUCCACAACCACUACUCACACAUCUCCAUGAUGGAUUAUAACCCCAGGGAGAAGGUGCUGUACGCGUGGAACAACGGCCAUCAGGUCAUCUACAACGUGACCCUGCUGCAGGAGGUCACCAGCUUUACAGACGUCUAGAGGGAACGGUGGAGGGAUGGAUGAACAGACUUAUAGGCAGUGAAGGCUCAGCAGAUAAGAUACUGAACUGCAGAUUAGAAGGUUGCAGGUUCAAACCCCAGUACUUCAAAUGUAAAUAUGAAUGGAUGAAUUUAAAAUAAAUCCAAGACUGUGGAACAGGCGUCCCCUGGACAUUAGGUCCACACCUUCCAUUACUGUGUAUAACAUCUGUACGUACUUCCACUGGUGUUACGUGUAUGAUGGAUUGAUCUGCUGUCUGCAUGUUAUUAAUAAAUAUUAAUACUAUUUAUGGUUUAAUGCUGAAGAUAUUCAGUAUAGCAGCACUUGGAGGUAAACCUUGGAAGUUCGGGGGUAAGAAAUAAAACUUG